UCCAAUCACUGCUCGGAUGUUUUACUCGGCGAGAAAUUUGAAAAAGACUGGCAACUGGCGGGGCAAAAUACUAGUUUAUGUUGGUCAAAUAAAUUUAGUUUGCAAUACAUUUAGCUGAUGCAACAUGUCUGCAAAACCUUUAUAUGCAGACCAAUUUAAGAGAAAUGACGAUGAGUUCAGAUACACGAUGGAAGCUAUUUUUCAGAAGUAUUCCAAUCUAAAUGAUCCUGGAAUAGACGUUUGUCUGAAGACAAUGACCUGCAGGACUGCAAGAGGUCCGGUGCCCAUUGACAGUGCAGAGGGAGAACGUGAGCUGGAAAAAUUAAAAACUCGAGUUAAAGCGGACUAUUCCAUCAGGGAGCUCGAGGACCACGACAAUGAUCAGAUGGAUGUGUCAGGGGUCACUGAGGAUGAUCUUAAUGGCUCUGGUCAAAAGGAGAACAGCGAAAACCUGUGGGACGGAGGUGGAUCAUUCCAGCUCUCUAUGAGUCUGAAUAACACAUCUAAUAGUUCUCAAUGGGACGAGCUGUCUCAGCCUAAGGAGGAGGAUGAAGAACUGGAGAAAACACUGAGCAGCCAUGGCAGUACCCUCUUGGAUGUCUAUCCCAGCAUGCUCAACCAGAUCGGCGAAGCAUAUCGGCGACAGCACGUGACCGAUACAGCGAGGGCUGUGGUGCAGAAGUAUCGCCGCAAACACUGGCAAGCCGGCCCGACGUACCACAACUCAUCAUUUAGGAACAGACACAACUGCACUCUAAACAAAACAACAAAUACCUCAUUUACCAGUCAAAGUCCAGUUCAAAGAAACACAAGCAACUGCUUCAAGGGCAGUGACAAACUUCAAAACUUGCUCAAGAACAAACUAAAAUCUUCACCUCUCAAAAAUUCAUCCUAUGAGGCCAGUGCCUGUUUUUACUCACCCAAGAGGAACAGUGCAGAUGUGAGCGGUGUGACGGAUCAGUCUUCAUGGACUGAUUUGCAUUUAACCAGGAAGCCAGAGCAGAUUACUGCUCGUGUGAUUGACUUCUCCACACCCCCAUAUUCCGCUUCAGCCUCAUUUAGUGACCAAUCUUCAAAUCUUGACCAAACCUAUGAUGUUGUACCAACAUCUCAUGCUGUUCCAGCCUCACGUGUCUUUACUUCUCCACGACAAAGCAAAGCAGGCCUGUCCAUUAUUGACCAGAGAGGAAUGUCAGUUAUCGCCCAGCCCUCCUCAUUGGACAAAGACUGCUUCAGGGACUGCCUACACUCUCCUGUCUCCUCCCCACAGCGUGGUCUCAUUGGGGUUUUAUCUUCUAGGGGGAAAAGUAGCUUCAGACCCAGUGUGUUGAACAUGGAAAAACAAUUCAACUUAACAGCAAGUCCAAAGCAAAGAUCUCCUGUCCACCAUCUAUCCCAUACUGAGGCCCUCAGAUCUCCUUAUGGUACCAAACGUUUAUGUAAGGCGGAGAAACCGUUCCAUUUUACACCAUCCAAACGCCAACGCUCUCUUUCUGGCCCUCAGUCCACGUACUCAUUCAAUGAAACGCAGAUUGAUGCUGAGUUCAGAAAGCUGUAUCACCACUUCAUCUGUCGUGGGAUUUCAUCACCGUGCCCUUCCUCCCACUGUCACCUCUGUGAGAGACACUCGAAGGAGACAUUCCAAAGCCCCAGCUUUUCCUCCUCCAGCAUGUCUGCUCUCGCAUUGACACCUCUGAGGGCCAAGCUCAAGAAACGGCAGCGGCAGCCCGAGGUGGAAGAGUCACUGAGAUUCAAACGCUUCCGAGAGAGUCGUUCCCCACUUAAGCAUCUCCAGCUGACAGGCAGAUAUGUGAACUCUGCCAUGUCAGAGCCUACUGAAGACAAACUUACCUGGGAUAGAGCCGUCCUGCUGCAGUGCCCCAGUCCGCAGUUCCUCAGAGGCACUGGAAACCUCAGGAGAAUCAGGGAGGCUAAUUUAAGAAUGCAAAUAAACCAACGUGCUUUGUCUUGGAGAGAUGCCCCAAGCGAUAUCCAUCCAGUGGAGGCAGCUGUGUCACCUAUGAGACUAUUUAAUCAGGGUACUGCCCCAUUCUCUCCAAGUCUCUCUAGGAGGCGACUGCAGUAUGGACUUCAGCAGUGAUGACCCUUACUGUGCGCAUCCCACAAACUGCAUUUCCCCUUGUGGGAUAAGCAACACUUGCCCUAGUGAAGAAAGCAGGGGAUGACAUGGUCACAUUGUAGACACUGCUUGAAAUUAAACAGUCCUGUUUUAAAUAUAUAUAUAUAUUGUAAACCCUGUUUGUUAUAUUGUUGUGUAAAUAUCUUCCCAUCACUUUGAAAGACCCUUGUUUCAUUAACAAUUUUAAUUGAAAACAG